CCCCUGGUCCUACAGGAAGACCUGGGCUUCCGGGAGACAAAGGCGUCAUGGGGAUCCGUGGACUACCGGGACUAAAGGGGCAACCUGGAGAGAAGGGAGCUCCAGGAGAAGCCGGCAUGUCCAUUAUUGGUCCCCGUGGCCCUCCAGGACAGCCUGGAACAAGAGGUUUUCCUGGGUUUCCGGGCCAGAUUGGUUUAGAUGGCAAACCAGGGCAACCUGGACAGAAGGGGGAAAUGGGUCCAGCUGGUCCCAAAGGGCAGCUAGGAAGCCCUGGACAAAAAGGAGAAAAGGGUCAAUGUGGAGAUUAUCCACACAGGCUGUUGCCUCUUCUCAAUUCAGUGCGGCUGGCUCCACCCCCAGUCAUAAAGAGACGCACCUUCCAGGGUGAACAGGGACAAGCAGGAAUUCAAGGGCCUCCAGGGCCACCAGGGCCCCCCGGCCUCCCAGGAACUCCAGGACAACCUGGCCCAACUGGACCAGCUGGGAAAACAGGAGAAGCAGGGAAGCCAGGCAAGGAAGGAAAGGGCUUGCCAGGACCUCCUGGACCAAAGGGAGACCCUGGAGUUCAGGGGUACCAUGGAAGAAAGGGUGAGGAGGGCGAGGCUGGCUUACCAGGCACCCCUGGCCUUCCUGGUCCUUCCGGCCCAAAGGGGGAGAGGGGCAUGCCAGGGCUCCCAGGAAAACAAGGAGUUCAGGGAGAACGUGGUGUUGCAGGGAAGAUGGGCCCCCCAGGUUUGGCAGGGAAAAGGGGGCAGAGGGGAGAGAAAGGAAAGCCUGGAGAUCCAGGGCCUCCUGCAACCAUAGCACAAAAGGGAGAAAAGGGAGAUUCUGGCAAUGCACUUGGAGGAGGCAAAGGUGAACCUGGAUUACCUGGGCCUCCAGGACCAAAGGGUCCCAAGGGUGAACCAGGAAAGAAUGAAAUGGUAGAUUACAAUGGCAAUAUCAAUGAAGCUUUACAGGAGAUACGUACCUUAGCUCUUAUGGGACCUCCUGGACUUCCAGGUGUUGCAGGGCCAGCAGGACCACCUGGACAGAAGGGUGAAAUUGGCCUGCCAGGUCCUCGUGGACAUGAUGGAGAAAAGGGUCUUGAUGGCCUAACCGGAGAAAAAGGUGAUCAGGGGAUGCCAGGACCUCCAGGCCUAACAGGUCCAAUUGGACUUCCAGGAUUAACAGGAGAGAAGGGAGAACCUGGAGCAAAAGGAGACACUGGGGACUCGGUAAUUGGGCCACCAGGGCCCCAAGGCCCUCCAGGAACACCAGGUCUUCAGGGUGGCCGAGGACCUAAGGGGGAAGCAGGCAUUUCUGGAAUGAAAGGCGAAAAGGGUGCCCAAGGAGAAAAAGGAGACCGAGGUCCUCUGGGAUUGCCCGGUGCUUCAGGUUUAGACGGCAGACCUGGCCCACCGCCACACAAUUGGGCAUUCCUUGAUGGGGUGGAAAACAUCCAUUUUCAUUUGGUUUUUAAAAAAAUACAGACUUCCAGCGGAGAGAAUGACGACGUCGGCCGCUUGUUGGUCAAGCUCCCGCAUUCUGGUACUCCGGGACCAAUUGGAGUUCCAGGACCAGCAGGACCAAAAGGAGAGAGGGGCAAUAAAGGAGACCCUGGAACUGCAGGACCAAUAGGGCCAGCGGGGCUUCCUGGUUUACAAGGUUCACCUGGUGAAAAAGGAAACCGGGGGGAAAGGGGCAAGAAAGGCUCUAGGGGGCCUAAAGGGGAUAAGGGAGACCAAGGAGCACCUGGAUUAGAUGCACCCUGUCCAUUGGGGGAAGAUGGCUUGCCAGUUCAGGGAUGCUGGAAUAAGUGAAGAUUCUAACCAUGGACUGGCCUGUAUGUGUAUGUGUGUUUGUGGAUAGAAUAUUUAUUUUUAUACAGUGUUCUUUUUUUGGAAGUGCCAAAAGAUAUGCAUUUUUCAAAUUAUAAAGAGCUGCAUAUUUUUGUACAGAAAAUGCUAAAUUUCUUCUUUUUAUCUGAUUGUCAGUCAUUUGUAUAAUUAUAUGUAUAUCAAUACUAUGCUUCUUGCAUUGUGGAAUACAGCUGCAAUAUUUGCAUGAUAUUUGUGCACUCAUAGUAAGUGUUACAGCUAAAUAAGUUAUUGUGUUAAGGGUACCAGGAAGACUCACUCUAUGUACAUAGGAAGAUGAAAGCCAUUUUACAAUGAAUGCAAGAACAACCUAAAAUACUAUGGAUUUUCAUUAUUAAAAUGAAAUGAAAUUAACAUUAGCAAAUAAAUCAUAUAAUGGUAUUUCAUGGGAAGGCUUAAGCCAACAAGGUGAGAAACAACAGGGUUCAACCUUAUUGCCAGCAGAGGGCACCAAUGAUGUAAUUUGAAAGAGAAUUUGUGGAUAAAAAAAUGCAUAUACAUAAGACACUGGUCUUCUAGAAUCAGUUAACAUAAAGUUUAACCUUUCAAUUAAGUAGUCACUAAUAGUAACAGCAGGCUUCCAAUACAUAACUAAGGCUGCACAAUCUUAUACAAACUUACCUGGAUAGUCCCAUUGAACUCAACAUGAGAAUUGUACCCAGUUCUUGGACAUCUGAAAAAAAACUUCUGCCUACCCCAUGCAUUGCUGUUCUUCAAAUAUUCCAUUCUAAAGAGCAUCAAAUGUUUAUAGCCUUAAGGUGCAUUGUUCAGCAUUUACUUGUUAGCCCCCAGGAAAAUCUCACAACCCAAACAACUUGUUCCACUGCUGAACUGCUACUUAAAAUAGAUUUUCCUCUAGUUUUAACACACAUUGCUUUCUUGUCCUAAUUUCAGUGCCCAACAAAAUGUAAUGUGAAAGAUUGUAACAAUGAACUGUGGCUACUAUUAUUUAAAACAUGUGAACCCAGGAGACCCAGGGUUGUGGUCCUGGCAUAAAUUGGGGGCUCCAGGCCACAACUACUUAAAAAAGAUACAGGAGAUCCAUGAUUAGUGUCACAUCUUUUGUGUGGGGCCUCAGUUCACAGCAAAGAAUUACAUACUUUCCCUUGAAAUGGCUAACAUAUGCUAGACUUUUAACUGAAGAAAGGAGAUUACUAGGAUAUGCAUACUUCAUAUGGAAGAAAGAGAAGCCUUUUUGUCUAUCCAUUGAAGCUAGGACAAGAAGCAACAGUAGGAUGUGCUUUGGCUUGGUAGGUCAUGAGUUGGGUGGGCCUAGGCUGAACAUUUACAAUUAUUUUCACAUUUUCCCAUGUGACUCAUCAUUCUUCUCAUAUUCUUCUAAAUCUCUUCUGGUUUCUCAACAUUUUCUUGAACUUUAGUACUACAAGUGAGAGCUUAGCAAUGAUGAGUAGAUCACUGCUAUGCAUUUAUCUAGUGCUGGAGGCAAUUCUAGAGUAAAAUAUAUACACACACUAUUAACACACUUACUAGUAUGAAAAUGAUGUCAUUCAGAUCAUGCACCAUUCAGAUUCCCCACCAUGACCACCACCAAUAUCCACAGUAACUCUGCACUACCAAAGUGCAUAAUCAAAAUGUGCCCUACAUUUCCCAGGCUGCACCCCAAAUGGAUAGUUACCAAACUCAACUCAGAUUUAGUUCACUGUGUAGGCACAAAAGGUAGCUAGAGUAUUUGUUUUUGCAAUGUCACUGGAGCAAAGGAUUAUGAGACAGCCAUAAGCAUACUGGCUAAACUCCACUCAUCAUUUUCAGAAGAGGGAUGGCACAGGUGGAAAGGCAGAAGCAAAAAAAAUACUUGCUGCUGGUGUAAUCCAAAGAUUAUAGAUACAUGCUGAUGUGUAAAUGUGGGACACAAACUGAUAAAUGUGAGCACACACUGUAAUAUAUCCCAAUGUAACAGAUAAAAUUAGAUUCAAGUUGAGAUUUUGCAUAAUUUUAACCACAUAGAAGCAGCACUUUUAUUAAACAUCAGAAAGGACAUUUCUUUAUGAAAUAAUUUAUCUGUCAC